AUGCCCGGCACACAAUCGGCCGCUCCGUUCACGUCGGCGUCGACGUCGUCACUGUGGCUGCCGACGGCGCCUCAGCAGCUGGUUGAGCGCGGGCCGCAUGAUACACUUGUUCGGCAUUCCCCUUACGGUCCUUCACGGAACACCACCUACGGGUGGGGCAAUCUGUUCCAGCCCCCCAUGACCGCCACCAUUCCUGACCACCCGCGCAUUCACAUUGGAAUCAGCUCGCUGAACGGUGUGCCAACUGUCAGUCAAUCAGACAGGUCGAUGCGCAGCCUGCUGGUUCAGUACCGUAGGAAGUUCAACUGCUUGGAGCACUGCUACCCAUACCAUAGAGUAGGAGACGCGGAGACAUGGAAGACGUGGGCAGACAUGGUGAAGGACAGCAAUCUUGCCCACAGUGGCCGCAUCAAGGCAAGCGAAACGGGGCAUUGGAACCUCCGCCACACUUCAGUUGAAGGCGCCGUUACUGCCGGCAUCGCCGCUGCAGAAGCGCCGCCGUUGCGCUCUUUCCGCGUCAAUCCAAGCCGCUUCUCGUACACCAUCAAGGCGAACAACCUCCUUACUCACGUCAAGCAACUGCAGAUGGAUGACGCAGAGGUGCUGAGUCAUGUGCAGGUAUUUUUCCGAGAGUUAUGUCCGCUGCUGGAGCCGUUUUUAGGCCCUGUCCUGCUGCAGCUACCGCCGUCCUUUGGGUACUCCGUGUCUAACAUGCAGCGAUUCACUAGGCUGCAUCAGCUGCUCUCUCAAGAAGAGGUUCUGUUGCAAGAGACAACGCUGCGGCCGUCCAAGGAUGCGUCGUCUUCAGACACCUCCUCGACGCCAGCACCUUCCACAUGUACGCUGCGGAGGCAGCGACGCCUCCGCGUCGCUGUGGAGUUCCGAAACCGCUCGUGGUACCGCGAGGAGACGUUCGCCCUUCUGCGCUCCUUUCGCUGGGCACUUGUGGUGGCGCAUCACCACGACGACCCGACGUACUCGCAUGUAGUGGAUACCGGUGCGGGAUUUCUCUACGUCCGCCUACAUGGGCCGCUGGGGCGCAACGUGGGCGACUACGGUCCUUUGGCGAUGCGAAUGUGGGCAGAGAAGAUGCUGCAGUACCUUCAUCCAGCAGGGUUCCCUGCUGGCGGUGGCACGACGAGUGCAACACCAGACGAAACGGCGCGUGAAGUGUUUGUGUUCCUGAACAACAGCGACUCCAAUGUAGGCGGCACGACAAGUUCUGUUGUGGAUGCAACAUGUCUUGCUGAGCAGAUGCGACGUCUGCUUCAGUGCGCAUCCUCGUCAACACCUCCCGUCAAAACUGUGGCUGCUCCACCAGCCUCGCGUGUGGGUGCCAGGCAGCCACCAGUCAUGGUGUGCGUCGAGGCGGGAGCUUCGUUUACGGAGACAAAAGACAACCACCGCACCUCGCUCACUCAAGACGUGCAGAGCGAGGCGGACACUUCACCAUCUAAGCGACAACGCACUGAGCCGCGAAGCAGCGGUGCGUGCGACGACGCGAUUGUGAUCGAUUAG